AUGCAGGUCUUCAGCGAGCGCAUGGCUUCACGUGGGGGAGGUCCGUUGCCGCUGGCGUACUACAUGCGGCCCGAGGUGACGACGGCGGAUGGGGCCCCACCAGUGGACGUGUUUGUGGCGAAGCUGGGAGGGCGGACAUUUCAUGAGUCGCUUCGCAGCGAUAGUGGGUUCGCAGUCGUUACCGCAUUUCUGCUUGGCGGCGCUGACGUCAACGUGCGGGACACGCAUGGGGCGACGCCGCUGCACACCGCCGUCGCACGGGUUUCCCCCGCAGACGGCGACGGUGGCGAUGCGGAUACGUUGCUCUCCUCCGAAGGCCCCAACAAUUUGAUCGUCGCCUUUCUCCUUGACAACGGCGCCGACGUGAAUGCCCACAACAACACCGGCGAGACGCCGCUUAUGAUUGCCGCGGCCACACAAAAUAUCGCUGCGGUGCGGAUUCUCCUUAUACACGGCGCGGACCCGUCGCUCCAGGACGAUCUGGGAAACACGGUGCUGCAUCACGCCGCUCGCCACCCGCACGUGCUGCAAACGCUGCAGGCGUGGAUUGACGACCUUCCCGCCCGGGCGGCGCAGGAGAACCUCCUCCAUGUGGUGUGCCGACAAGGCGGCGGUGCGGAGUUCGCGGCGCUUUUUCUCAUUGAACAGCUGGGGCUCGACGUGAAUGCACGCGAAGAUAAAACCACCACCGCUCCGCAUGCCGCCAUCGCUGAUGACGAUGUCCGUCAUGCUUCCGGUGAGGUGAGCAACGCUCCUGCGGAUGCCGCCGCCGCGUCACCCUCCAGCAUCACGGUGCGGGAGGGGCUUACCCCGCUGCACUGCGCGGUGCUCGCGGGUGACCCCGUUCUGGUGCGCGUGCUGUUGCAGAAGGGCGCCGAUGCGGAGAGGCCAGAUGCCACUGGACGGACGCCGCUGCAGUUGGCAAAGGAAGGCGCGGCGUUACUUUCAUCGUCGCCCUUCUUUAUUAAACGCCACUGCAGCUCAUUGCGGCUGCAUGGACGCCGCGGUAAGACGGCGAAGCAUAGCGAUCCACAAAGGGUCUGCGCGGUUCUGGAAGGCUAUUGUAACGAGGUCUCCUCUAGGAAGAGAGAGGUGAACUUGCAACGUGAGGCGGCGGCCGAGAUAUCGAUGUGGAGACUCAUUUCGUUGGUUGACGUACUGUCCUUUGGGGCGGCGGCAACGGUGCCGCACUUUGUGUUAGCGCUUUGCGCGUUGCUGCCGUUGCCGUUUUGGCUUCUAGCUGCUGCAGCUGUGCUUAUCCUCAUGUCGUGUGCCGGCUUUAGCGUGCACGACGAGCGCCAGUUGAAUGCGAGGCCGCUGCGCUCGCCAGGGUUCUUUGUGAGCUACACCCUGGCACUGCUGACCUUCAGCUGUCUGAUUGAGGACGCUGUGGCUCCGCAGCACCCCACCGGCCGCCAGGGGCUGCUGCUCUGCGGCGUUGGUGGCGCCGCGUGCGCGCUAGUGGCGAUGUGGAGUAACCCCGGUGUCGUGGAGUCCACCGCGGGGCAGCGGGCGGGAAUCUACAAGACCAUUUUUCACUCCAAAGGGGCUCCACCAGAAGACGUGCGGCAAAGCAUUGAUCUUGUCUGCAUGGUUAAAAAGCCUUUGCGGGCGCACCGUUGCCGCCACCUUGGACGCGUGGUGCUCCGGUACGACCACUACUGUCUGUGGCUGUCAAGCUGCAUUGGCGGGGGCAACCACCGCCCGUACGUCGGUUUCCUCGUCUUUUACACCGCCCUGCUUGGGAUCGAGUGUCACAGCGCCUACUUGUUGUUGUCGGGACGCAUUGACACGGAGGUGGUUUUAACGCACGCACCCUUCAGGCGUUUUGUUGAUGUCUACACUUCAAUUGUCUUGCCCAUUGUUUUUCUCCUCUCCCUGUGGGCGCUGCUGAAGCAGCUAUGGUACAUUAGCCGCGGUGUCACUGUCUACGACGUGCAACACCCGUCAUGCAGCCCCUGGUGCUUUCAGCUGGGGUCACGCACGUACUCCCUCUUUGAUGCCGGGCCUGCAAAAAACAUGUACCGAUUUUUCCUGAGACGUGAAAACCUUCUGGCAGUCACGCACCGGAUGCCGGUGAUGAGUGCACGACUGCAGCAUGUGGCAAAAACAUAUCAGGCGCAUCAGUUUAACUCGUGCCAGGGGGGGCAGUGCAACCAACACACGCACAGGGGUGGCGGCCACUCACAUGCCGGUGCAGCGUGUCAACAGCAGCAGCAACAGCAGCAAUGGAACAUGCCCGCAAACACGGUGCCGGGUAACGUGGACGGGGGGUUUGGAUCGCUUGUGACAACUUCCGUUGUUGGUUCUGCACCUUCCACACCGGCGCCCGCGCUCGCGGCGGAGGCAGUUGCUGAUGCAUCUACUCCUCGCGCCAUUGUGGUGGAUGCCCCUACUGCCGCUGCCACAACGCCUCUGGCCUUUGAUGCCGCCGUGGGUCGCCUCUUUCAGCUGAUGGUGCAGCAAGACGGUGCGGAUGUAACGGCGGUCGCAGCUGCGGGUGAACUGCGGCUUGGCGUGCUGCCCGAGGAGUGGCCGGAUGUAGUAAAUAAGGCCCAGUCCAUGUUUAGCUUCUUUAAGCGCACCAUGAAUAUGGGUAAGUAG